GAAGAAUCUACCGUCAUGUCGCUGUCUGCUACCAAUAAUAUUUCAAAUAGUCAAGGAACCUAUAACGUCAACAAUGGUUAUAUAUUACCGUUGAACAUGGGACGCGCAUGUAGUACCAAUAAUUUAUCUAAAAGAAAACAAAAUCGAAGCAUGCGGGGUUCGAUAUCAACAACGUCAUCUGCGUUAGCGUUGCUGGCAUUUCUAUUUUUUUUGAACAUACUACAGAGAUCGUUGGAUGACAACAAACAAGGACCAGUGUUGAUGACGCGCGUAACAAAGCAGGCAGUAAUACGACCGCGCAAUGAUUUCAUUGAAGACAAACAGUCAACUAUUCUUGAUAAUAAUAAUAUGGUUACAAAAUUUGAAAAAAUGUAUAAUAAGUAGGUACUUAAAAUAAAAAUUACAGUAAUGCAAUGACAUCGUGUAU